AUGUUAACAACUGUUAAGCCUGAUAUUGUGCUUGGUACCGAAUCAUGGCUGAAGCCACACAUAAAAAAUUCUGAAGUCUUUCCACCCGAUUAUAAAGUCUACAGAAAAGAUCGUAAACGUCGUACGGGAGGUGGGGUUUUCAUUCUUGUUUCAAAUAAGCUUACAAGUAAUUCUCUACCGGAACUUCAGUCAGACUCGGAGAUCAUCUGGGCUCAGAUCAAACAAAAAAGUAAACAAGAUCUUUAUGUUUGUAGUGCCUACAGACCAGACAGGGACCUUAGUUGCAUAGAUGAAAUAAAUCGUACCACCUUACUUAUUGACAGUAGUGACAACACCAUCAUAGUUGGGGGAGAUUUUAAUCUUGGAAAUGUUAAUUGGCAAUCUCUUACAGUUGAUACUGGUGCUACCCAUGCAGAUGAAAGUAACAAACUCCUUGACUUAGCAGACUCCUUUGGUUUUCAGCAAUUGAUUCAUGAGCCAACUAGAACUACAGACACUACUCAAAAUACCUUAGACCUUUUAUUUAUAAAUAAUCCAACCUUAGUUGAUAAUAUCAAAGUCAUUCCUGGCUUUAGUGACCACUGUAUCCCUUUCAUUGAUAUAACAGCUACCCCCCGAAUAAAUUACAAAGAAAAAAGAAAGAUACUUUUAUUUGAUAAAGCUGAUUGGGCUGGUUUUAAAUCAGAGUUAGUAAAUUUUGGAAUAGAAUUAAAUAAAAUGUCCGAUAAACUAAAUGUUCAGGAGUUUUGGGAUAACUUCACGUCUAAACUAGAGAGUUUGACAGAUAAUUAUGUACCAUCUAAAAAUGUAAAUGGGAAACACCACUUGGCUUGGAUAAACACUGAAAUAAAAAAGUUGCUUAAAAAAAGGGAUAGACUGUAUGCCAAGUUCAAAAAGUCAAAAGGAAAGUACCUUGAUAAACUUAAGAAAGUGAAAGCACUUAUACAAAAGAAAACAAGAAAAGCCUACUGGAAUUACAUUAACAACAUUGUAUGUGAUCCUACUGAACAAAAACAUGGAACUACCAAAAAUUUUGGAGUUUCAUUAAAAGCCUUAAGAAAGACUCCUGUGGUGUUGCACCCCUUAGAGAAGAUGGCAUACUGA